GCAGGCAGGAGCUCGCAGGCUACAAGAGCGACCGCCGGGGCAAGUGCUCCGACGAGCUCAAGGAGCAGUUCCCCAUGGCGCGGGAGGCGCUGGAGGCGUUCGGCAUCCCCUGGAAGUCCAAAGCGGGGUACGAGGCCGACGACCUCAUCGCCACCUACGCCCGGGUGGCCUCCCCGAAGUCGGACGUCCGCAUCGUGUCCCACGACAAGGACCUCCUCCAGCUGGUCGAUGACAGGAUCCACGUGAUCAACAGCCGGACAGACGGAACCAGGAUCAUGGACCCCAAGCAUGUCAGGGACCGUUGGGGCGUCGACCCCGAGCAGAUGGGCGACCUGCUCGCGCUGAGCGGCGACAGCUCCGACAGCAUCCCUGGCGUCCCGGGCAUCGGGUACAGGAAGGCCGCCGCGCUGCUGCAGCGGUACCGUGAUCUGAGCGGCGUCCUGCGGAGCGCGCGCGAAGGCAUCAUCCAGGUUCCGGGCAUAGGGCCCAAACUCCAGCAGAAUCUCCGGGACUUCGCCCAGCAGGCGGAAAAGAUGCGGGAGAUCGUCGAGCUCCAGAGGGUGCCAGGGAUGGACGAGGACCAGUGGGAGACCGACUUCGCGCUCGCCAAGAGGAACGUGAAGUGGCUCGACCACGCGACGAACUGGUGCAACCGCCAGGGCAUGAGCUGGCUCCCCGGCCGGGCCGCGGCGGCGGGCCCGGCGGCGAGCCUCGCUCGCUCGCUCGCUGCCUGGAGCCGAGGGGCACCACAGGAUGAGCCUGUGCCGAGUGUCGCGGGAUCCUGUCGACGCCGAUGCUCGUCGGGUAUUCUUGGGUUCCCAAGCCCAAAUCUGCUUCGUGCGCCCUCCUGCUUCAAGAACGGAUCUGCUUGUGCUGUGUUCUGUGAUUCUCUGGGAGGGCCUGACGCAACCUUCUUUCUCCGCCCUCCUGCUUCAUGUAGUUACCCACUUCUUCCGACCGACGUGUACUGAUCAUGGUCCAUACCAACCG